UUAAACCCUUCAAACAGAAUACAGAUAAGCCUCGAAGCUAUUCAGAAAGUGGAGAAUGGCCUCUGCUUCCACGACUCUUCGCAUUUCCAUUACACUCCGCUGUUCAACCAACGAUCUUCAUCUUCUUGCGGGUCAGCCCAGAAGCAGAACAAACGUUGUUUUGCCACUUCACUCUUCGUCCUCUCGUCCCUCUUCCUCCGUUCUCACUUUCUCCCGCCGUCGAAGCAACAGCGCCAAUUCUGCUAUCACUUCUUCCAAGAAAAAGAAAAAGAGUCCACCUACAAUAGACACUGAGGAAAAUGGUGAUAUAGAUGAAGAUGCUUUUGAGGCACUCUUUCAGCUGCUGGAAGAAGAUCUGAAAAAUGAUGACCUAUCUUUGAACGAUGAUGAUAUAAGUGAGGAGGACCUCGCGAAGCUGGAACGUGAAUUGGAGGAGGCACUGAAGGAUGAUGAACUACUAGGAGAAAUUGCCUCAAUUGCCAAUGAGAAAAUUGAGAGUGAGGAUGAAGAUGAAGAAGUAGUAGCAAAUGAUGAUAAUGAGGAUGAUAAAGAUGAAGAAUUGCCAGUGAAAUUGAAAAAUUGGCAACUUAAGAAACUGGGAUAUGCCUUGAGAAAGGGACGGCGUAAGACAAAUAUAAAAAAUCUUGCUGCUGAACUAUGCCUUGAUAGAGCCAUUGUUCUUGAAUUACUUCGCAAUCCUCCGCCAAACCUUUUGUUGCUGAGUGAUGCCUUACCCGAUGAACCUGCCCCCAGAAUGAUAGAGCCUGAAAGCAAACCCCAGGAGACUGUUCCCAUAGAGAUAAGUGAUGUUGCAAGGCUUGAGGCUAAGGUGGAAACACCAGUCCACGUGAUGCAAAGUAGUUGGUCUGCUCAAAAGAGGAUAAAGAAAGUCCAACUAGAAACCCUUGAACAAGUUUAUAGACGAUCAAAGCGGCCCACUAAAAUCCGAUCUGAGCUAGUAAGCACUGCUAAAUCAGUCCAACAUUGCAUCUUUUACGCGACCCGUGACUCCUCAUACUGGUUUCUCCGAACUGUACGGUUGAAAAUGGAUAUGUGGUUUGCUUGGUGAUGUUGUUGCAUGCAAUUGCUAAGUGCUAUAUCUAAGGAUGAAAGAGAGAACAUUGUUAUCCUUAUACUCUCUCCGCUGUGGAGAUGCAGAAUGCCAUGAUUAACAGCAUUGUGCAUGUGACAAAUCUGCCUCGCAAAAGAGUUCUGAAAUGGUUCGAAGACAGACGGUCUGAAGAAGGGGUUCCUGAUCAUCGACGUCCAUACCAACCAUUGUCUAAAUCUUA